AUGUCGGCUGUCCCCACAGAAAGAGAAACGGCAAAUAAGCCCACGUCAGGAGCGGAGGCGGAGAACCGCGCAGGGGCAACGGAUGCGGGUGCCGCUGUUCACGGCGGUGGGGCAAACCAGCGUGGGGGAGCUGGUGCGGGGGGAGACGUUCGUGCAAAGGCCGCGGGAGCAACGGAUGCGGCGUCCGCCCUCGCGUCCCGGAAAAAUGGCAGUGAGAUUCUCUUGCAGGCGCGCAACGCUGAGGAUGGCAGUGUGCGUGGGCGCCGGGCGCUGCUGCCGCUACUUCUGUUGGGCUUGUGGGUGUUUGCGACCUUGUGA